CGGCGGGGACACGCGGGACGGGGCGCGGGACCCGGAGUGUUGUGGCGCUGCCUCUCCCUGGGGGCUGGGACGCCGGCUUGUUCUCACCCUGACUCUCUGUUGCGGAGGGAGUUUUCGGAAGGAUUCUUCUAGAUAGUUCUCCGUUCGGUUCUGGGGCGCCGACUGACUUUUUCUGCGUCUUGCUGGCCGCUGCCUCCCCCGCCGCGGGACCUGCCGGACGCGUGGAGACCACCGCACCCGAGCCGGACUGUGUGCAGCGGGCCGGCGCCGCCCGACUCCGAGGGAGCCACCCCCACCACCACCACCACCCCGCGCCCCGAGUCCUGCGGCCGAGGGGCCGCCCGGGAACUUGGCUGGAACGGGACCCGCGCCCUCCCCGGGCUGCUCCGGACAGCGCGCCGAGGGGACCCGCUCGGCUCACCCCGGACUCGCACCUCGCCUCCCCCAGCCGGCCAUAGCCUUGGCUUCCCGGCGACCUCAGCGUGGUCACAGGGGCCCCCCUGUGCCCAGGGAAAUGUUCCAGGCGUUCCCCGGAGACUACGACUCCGGCUCCCGGUGCAGCUCCUCGCCCUCCGCCGAGUCCCAGUAUCUGUCUUCGGUGGACUCCUUCGGCAGCCCGCCCACCGCCGCCGCCUCCCAGGAGUGCGCCGGUGUCGGGGAGAUGCCCGGUUCCUUCGUGCCCACGGUCACAGCCAUCACAACCAGCCAGGACCUUCAGUGGCUCGUGCAACCCACCCUCAUCUCCUCCAUGGCCCAGUCUCAGGGGCAGCCCCUGGCCUCCCAGCCCCCCGCCGUCGACCCCUAUGACAUGCCGGGAACCAGCUACUCCACGCCUGGCCUGAGUGGCUACAGCAGUGGCGGAGCCAGUGGCAGUGUUGGACCUUCCACCAGCGGAGCCACCAGCGCACCUGGGCCUACACGCCCAGCCAGGGCUCGGCCCAGGAGACCCCGAGAGGAGACGCUCACUCCCGAGGAAGAGGAGAAGCGACGGGUUCGCAGGGAGCGGAACAAGCUGGCAGCAGCCAAGUGCCGCAACCGCCGGCGGGAGCUCACCGACAGACUGCAGGCGGAGACAGAUCAGCUGGAGGAAGAAAAGGCAGAGCUGGAAUCGGAGAUCGCCGAGCUGCAGAAGGAGAAGGAGCGCCUGGAGUUUGUGCUCGUGGCCCACAAACCGGGCUGCAAGAUCCCCUACGAAGAGGGGCCCGGGCCCGGCCCGCUGGCGGAGGUGAGAGACGUGCCGGGGCCAGCGGCCGCCAAGGAAGACAGUUUCGGCUGGCUGCUGCCGCCCCCGCCACCACCGCCCCUGCCCUUCCACACCGGCCAGGACGCGCCCCCCAACCUGACGGCUUCUCUCUUUACACACAGUGAAGUUCAAGUCCUCGGCGACCCCUUCCCCGUUGUUAACCCUUCGUACACUUCCUCGUUUGUCCUCACCUGCCCGGAGGUCUCCGCGUUCGCCGGCGCCCACCGCCCCAGCGGCAGCGACCAGCCUUCCGACCCCCUGAACUCGCCCUCCCUUCUCGCCCUUUAGACACAAACCAAACCCGCGAGGCAGAGAGACUUGGAAGCGGAGGAGGGGGCAGGGGGCACGAGACAGUGGGGGGCCGGCGUGUCAGACCCCGGGCCGCCACUGCUGCCGCCGCCGCCGCCGCCGCGCGGGAGGACCGCCCUGUGUCCGCCGUAGCCUCUUAGCUCUGUGCGCCCUGCGU